CAGCGCGAGGCGCUUCCCUUUCUCCCCCGCCCUCCCUUUCCAGCCGCGCGCCCCGAAGUCUCGCGCCUCAGGACUUACCAGCCGCCGCCACCUCAGCCUCCGUCACAAAAAAAAACAAAACGCAAAACCCCGCUAACCCGCCAAAGCAGGCGGAGCAGCGCCCGCCGCUUCCCCUCCCCGCGCCUUUUUUUUAAAGAAAAAAAAAACUUUCCAGCCGCGGCGGCUGGAUCAGCCCCACCGGAGCCCCUCACGCCGCCCCUGCGGGAAGAAGGCCGCAGCGCGCUCACACUCGGGCAGAGAAGGCUGCGCGCGGGGCCCUGGCGGGGGAAAAGCGCACACACACAUACAAUCCCCCCCUCCGCGUCGGGGCGAAAACUACAAUUCCCGGCGUCCCUUGCGAAACUGCCGCCGCCUCCCGAGGAAAGCGCCUCAGUCAAACUCAAACUAGCUUUUGCUCUUUUCCCACCCGCCUACUUGAAGCCGGAAGUGAAUCCAUCCGUUUCCGGUGAAGCGGGGACGGGAAGCAAAGGAGGUACGUCGCUGUUUCUGAGGCGCUUCCCCCCCCCCUUUCAACGGGCUUGCUUUCUCUUUUAUGAAGGGCCGGUGCAAGGGAAUCUGAGGCUUAAGUACGGCGAGGCGGCCUAGAAUUGUGUCGAAAGGCCGGGGGUUCAAAAGAGAAAACUCCCGAAGCUCUUUGCGCCUGUUGGAGGCGGGGCCGAGUCAGGCCCUCCCUGUGACUGCGGGCUCUGGCAAGGUGACCGGCGGUUCCUCUGCGGGGUUGAAUCCGGACGGGAGAGAGCGCGGCGUUGAGGAGGCCAAGCGGGCGGGUGCGUUCGCGUGGGCCUUGCUGGUUCGCCUCAGUCGGUGUGAAACCGCCUUCGAGUUUAACCCUCGUUUAACCUCCUUUCCGGGCCUUUGAAUUAGCAGGCUUCUGCGGUAUCUCAGGAGGGGGAUUGGUAGCAUUUCCCCCGCGGUCAGAACUGUCCAUUCGCUUUUGCGUUCCCUCCGGGCCCAAUUUGAGAAAGGAGAAGCGGGUGGUGGAUGGCUGAGUCUGGUUUCUCGUUCUUGUCAUGGUCUGCAUCCUGUUAAGAGGACAGAUGAACAGGCAAGGAAAUGCAGCAGCAGAAUCGGGAUUGACAGUGCGCCCACACCCCUGUUCUAAAGUGGGCCAUGUCAGAUGCCCAACAAACGCUCCUGCUGCCCAACCUCUGCUUGUAGCUCUUGCUUGGUACUCUCUUUCUGACCUAGUUUCCCACCUGCAACUGCCCCCAAACAACGCUAUCCCUGAGAAGAACCAGAAUGUCACUCUGCAUGUUUCUAGACUGAGAUGUUUACUUAAGCAAAGCUGUAGUUAUUGGGGGGGGGUGGGAGAGCUAGCCACUUUUUUUGCCCCAGGUGAAGCCUCCAGAGGGGUGCUAUUAAGGCGUCCAGCCUCUGUGUGUAUGCAAAUGCAUGGGGUGGGCGCCCCAACCUAAGUACCCUUAAGAAGCAGUUAUGGAAUUUUAAAGCAUUUUUAAAGGUGUAUUGUUUGAAUCAGGAGAAUGCAAGAAAAGAACUUCAUAACUUCUAUUGAUCAAUUGUUUUUAAAAGCUAAGAAUGUUUCAGUUUAGCCAUUAGAAUAAGGAGUAGUGGUGGAAAUGAUCCAUUCAAAUUAAUGGGCAUGGGGGAGCAGUCUGUUGGAAAUUUAACUUUCCCCAUUAACUUUGGCUGGAUGAAGGUGGGGAACCUUGAGCUUGGGGAGCAGAGAGGUGUCAGAUGAGGCCCAUCUGGCCCCGAGUACUCUUUCCUAGCCAUCACCCAUCACUGGACCUGCUCCACACCCUUCUCAAAUGGUUUUGGCUGGCUGGAUUGUGUCCAUGAAUUAAGGAAACCUGAUGUUUCUAUUGUUAUUGUUGGAAUGUAGUGUGUUGUAUUAGGUUAAGGGUUGCUUUGCCCACUUAUACUUAUAACUUUGGCCCCUUUUAACCUCUGCCUCACCCAUCCUUGGAGGGUUGCCCAUUUGGUAAUGUGGCCCUCAGGCUGGUAAAGGUUCUAUACCUCUGGACCAUGUUAUCUGUUAUAGUGUCAAGCAUCUUACAAAUUCAUCAUCAAAUCUUAUAUGCUUCUUGUCACCAGAUAGUUUCAGAAAGAAAUAUUGAAACAUUAAACAAAAAAUCAGUACACAUUCCUUUGCACCCCUGCCACAAAAUGGUGCAGUGCUAACUUAGAAUGCCCUGCGUCUGGUCGAAACUACUGUGGUGUCCCAAUCAGCUGAAACUUGAAAGUGGGCUUCCCCAGUGGAACUCCAACUGUUGGGAGGUUCAGAUAGGAAUAGAAGUAUGUAAGAUGUAACUGAUAGUUCCUUUUGUCUUUCUAGCUGAAACUUCUACAAAUACAUCAUGAUUCUCAAACAGCUCUUCAGGUUUUCUUCUGUUUUCCGUUCCGCAAUCUCCUUCCACUUGCAUAGAAACAUCGGCUUUUCGGCCAUUGCUUUUAAUAAGGCAAAGGAACUUGAUCCUGUGCAGAAACUCUUUUUGGACAAGAUCAGAGAAUAUAACACAAAGAGCCAGUAAGUGAAUGUAGUAAAUGCAGAAUUUCAAGCCUCCAGUCAUUUGAUUAUCUUGUGGGCAUUUUGAUAAGUUUCCAUUUAAUUUUUAUAUUGUUGAAGUUGGUUCUUGGACAGUACUUGACUCCCAGUAAUAACAGCCUGCUAUGAAAUAUAUAUGGAUAUAAAUGUAUUUCUUGCGUUAAUUGUUUGCUUGUGGAAAGUAAUCAAGUUCUGCAACAUAUGGUAACUGUUGAGUAAAUUCAUCUAAAGCUUUAAAUCAGACACAUAAAUUAGACUUUUGAAUAAGUUCUCAAAAGUUACUUGCCUGGUGGGAGCUAGUGGAGGAGCAAUGGAGAGCUCUGUCUCUCCUCCAGCAGCCUGCAGUAUUUCUAUGCUGGGCACAGAGAAUGGACAGAGCACUCCAUUCCUCCUCCACAUAACUUACAUCAUAUUAGGGCUGUAGCCUAAAAGUCUUUUAGUCCAUAGCAUGAUAUUGUAAUUGAUAUCCCUUAGCAGCUCCUCCUACAUUGAGUUGUACAGUGUCUUUUAAGCUGCCUCUAAAAAUCUUCUAGAAUGAAAGGUAGAGCAUAAAUCUUCUUAAAUAUAUAAAAACAGACACCAGGAACCUCCAGGCAAGUGCCAGUUAGGACUGGCAGGGGUCCUAAUUGACCAUGACAAUGCCGCCUGCAGUAUUCGUAAAUGUGAAGUUUGCUGCAGAGCAAGUAAGAAUAUGGGCGCAAAAGAACAACUGGCAGCUUAAAGUGAGCUUCCAGUUGUUUUUUUGCAUUCAGGACUUGUUGAUCAGCUGCAUUAGGGGGCUCCAUUUGAGGGCACUUGCUGUCAGUACUGAAUGCAAACCCCUUUGAAGGCAUGCUUUCAGUGCCAACUGUCUGAUCAGUGACACACUCAGCACCAAAGGGGCUCUCUGUGAGUCCCCCUUCAUUUGUUUGCAGGCAUGAUUUGGAUUCAACUUUGCACACAGCUUGUUAUUUGAAGUUGUUACCUGACAUAUAAUAAAAGCAACAGAAUGCUAUUUCCCACAUAAUGGUCUUGCAUACCUAGCACAGUUGUUGCUAUAGUCAGUCAUAGCAACUGUUCAUGGGAUGCUGAAGUUAUUCAACACUGAACAGUUACUGUUCCACAAAGUUCACAAAUUAUUAGGUAAACAAUAAAGUACAAAUAUGAAAGUUGUGCUGUCUGUAUUAUUGCUAUAGGAUUUAGUUUUCCCAGCAAUGAAACAUUUUCCCCUGUGAUAUGUAGGGGGGAAAUUCAGCCAUACUUAUUAAUCCCAUUUUAUAUCUCACUUUUUCUCCAGUGAGCUAAUGGCAGUAUACAUGGUUAUUCCUCACCGUCCAUGCUCCCAACAUCACUGUGAGGUACAUUAGAGAGAUUGUGACUGGCCCAAGGUUACCCCAAUGAGUUUUAAGAUUUGAGCAUGAAUUUGCUCUGGAUCUCCUUGGCCAUAGUCUGACACUCUUAACCAGAGUUAUUGCUCUAAAUAAUAAAGCUUAACCCACCCUCCCCCACCCCAAAAAACCCAUAGCACCUGGCUGAAAAUCUUCCCCCUGCUCUUCCAUUGUGGGCAGCUGCUUAUAUUUGCUUUUCUGCAGCUGUGCUAAUAUCAAAAGGAAGAUUUGCUGGCUCCUGCCUCCUUUCCAGUUUGAGAUUUCUUUGUUCUGUCUUUUAGACUUCAGUGACUUCCACAGAAGGGUGCUGGUAAAUAGUUUCCAUAACGCAUGUAAACUGAAUACAAACCCAUGCCAUUUUCUGGCAUUUUUUAACAUCAGUCACAAUAUUGGCCACCUUAUAAAACUGUCAUGCAACCAAUUCUUAGAUUUGUUGUAUAUUUAUAUUUUGUGGCUCUGCAGAUUCCUAACUUGCAUCAGCCCCAACCAGCAUGGCCAAUGGUCAGGGACAAUGGGAGUUGUAAUCCCAACAACAUCACACCCCUGAUUUAUAUGUUCUUUGUGAAAUUACUCCAAGACCGCAUGAUCCCCCUCCAAUUUUAUUUUCACAACCAUUCUAGAAGGUAGACUAAAGUAGCUGUGUGUGUAUAUGAUCAGUUCCUGGUCACCCAGUCAGCAUAAGGGUUGAGUGGGAUUUUCAUUUAGGUCUCCUUGAUGUAAGUCAGGGUGGCCCAACUUUUCAUACCAAGUAGGGCACAAGCAUACUUUAGCACAGAACCCGGGGGCUGCACAUUCUUGUCAUGUGGGGGCAGGGAAUAAGAGCAAAAUUUGACACAAACACACACCUCACGCUGCCUUCCCAAAGCUGAGAAAGCAGUAGGUAGACUUUAUGAAGGAAGAGAGAGGACUCUAGGAUCCCGUCAGAGCCCUCACACCUCCUUCCCAAAGCCCAGCACCUCGCUUACCUUGCUUUGGGAAGGCAGCUCAAGGGCUGCAGGAGGUGUCACCCGAGGGCCAUCCAAAAAGGCCUCAAGGGCCUCAUGUUGGACCACCCUGAUCUAAGUCAAAUACUCUCACUUCUACACAUUAUUGCUGUCUCUCGCCUAUGGAAUCAUUUGUCAUUUUGUAAUAACAGUUCUUAAAAUUACUCUGUAACAAGUUAUUGUAACUGUAACAAGGGUUAUAAUUCACGUAGUAUGAAAACUCAUUAUAGGCAUCACUGUACACUAAAGAUCCUAUACAGUGGUACCUCGGGUUACAUACGCUUCAGGUUACAUACGCUUCAGGUUACAGACUCCACUAACUCAGAAAAAGUACCUCAGGUUAAGAACUUUGCUUCAGGAUGAGAACAGAAAUCAUGCUCCAGUGGCGCGGCGGCAGCAGAAGGCCCCAUUAGCUAAAGUGGUGCUUCAAGGUUAAGAACAGUUUCAGGUUAAGAACAGACCUCCAGAAUGAAUUAAGUACUUAACCUGAGGCACCACUGUACUUGAAUUGUUCUAUUUGUGCUACAAGUUCUCUGUUUGCCAAGUGUUUGUAAUUUAUUUAGAUUCUUUCCCCAUCCGUCACUCUAGAUAUAACAAAGCUCAAUUAACUCUUGCAUUUGUAGGAAAACUGGUGGCCCUGUUGAUGCUGGUCCAGAAUAUGAAAAAAGCUUGCAUGAACAAAUGGUCAAGCUCCAGCGGGUGUAUGGUGGUGGAGAUAUGACCAAAUUUCCAGAAUUCAAAUUUCAGGGUAAGCUUUUAAGUUUUAUGACUCGUUUAGUAAUGUAAAAAUGUGAGAGUGGAUAAUUGAAAUAUUAGAAAUGCCAUGUUAAAUAAAAUAAGUGAUUUAAAAAAACCUUUACUAACUGGUUGCAGUCAGUAACCGCAGAUAUUUUCACAUAUUUUUAAGCAUACUUUUGUGGGAUGGGACUUACAAUAUAUAUUCAGGAUUGGCUUUUAGACAUAUUUCAGUAAACUAGUGAGAAUGAGAGAGUGAGUGUGUAAAUGGGCUCAAAAGUUGUACCUGACAUAUAUAUGCAUAUAUAUAUGUAUGUUAUAGCAAUACAUUCGUGUUCUUGUUCUCUACAUAGUAAUCUUAGCAGUCGGUUCUGUUUCCAGUAAUAACGUUAUGCAUUCAUACAUUGUUUUUAAAUUUGAGAUCAACAAGCAAAAAGACAGUGUAACGUCUUUAUUUUAAAACAAUUUAGUUCCUAUUGGUUUUCUGGGUUUAUGCAGCUGGAUGAUUUUAAUUAUUAAUUCCUUGAACCAUUUGUAUUUUAAUUUUUUAUCAUUUCUUAACCUUUGGUAUAUUAUACAUUUUGUGUAUUAAAUUGUUGUUGUUGUUACAUGUAUAUUUUAAUAUAAAUAGAUAUUUUGGUUGAUGUUGUUCCUCAGUAUUGCAUUAGUGUAUAUAUUUACCCUGUGGGAAAUGAUGGCUGAAACAACAAUAAACUAUACAUAUACUCUCUAUGCAUCUCUUUGUAAAGCAGCUAAUAUUUACAUGUAGUAGGAACUUGCCUUGGAAGCAAGUGUGGCUUUUGCACCAUUUACACUGAAGUAGACUCUGUUCAUCUGUGGAGAACCUGCAUUUAAAAAGGAAUAAGUGUUAUGCUCCAAGAGUGCUGAUGGGCCCUCUCCUCUCUUGCAGAUUUGUGUAGCUAAAGCUGCAGUUCUUAAUUUCUGGCAAAUUGACAAUAGAAUCAAGUUGUAAAACUAUCUAUUUAGAAAACUUCACUUUGAAAAUAAACUGACACUUCCUUUCAUUUUUCCUAUAUGACAGAGCCCAAAUUUGAAGAGGAGCAGAAGUGAUGUGAUAGCAAGUACACAAGCAGCAGCAAUGUGGCUGGAGGUGUUGAUUAGGCCCACGGUUGUAAUUUAAAUAAACAGUUCAGUGUUCAAAUGUGAAUAUUUGAAUUCUCUUGAAUGUAA